UGCUAAAAAUAGCCCCAGAUGGGGUUAUUUUUCCUAGAGAUUGAUACAGGAUGUCAAUCUCAUCCAGCGCCACCCAGGGAUGCUGCCGCUCAGGGUUCCCUGAUGUCCUCAGGGGUAAUUCGCCACUCUGGGCAGCAGUGGGACUGCGUGUUCCGCGGAGGCUUCAUUUGUGGAUAGCACAUCUCUUUCAAAAGGAGGAGAAAUUUCACGUGCUUCAGCAGUAUAUUAAUAAUAGGGUUCUGGAGCCUUCAAUUGCUCUUGCACUGCAGAUUCUUGGGACAGAUGGUUUGGAGGUAGACAGCAGCAGAUCACACCCUGUCCUCCGCAAACUCGGCUUGGAGAUGCUUAGGCAUCUCAAUGCACACAAGGAAUACAUCAAAGGGCUCCUCAGGCAUGGUGAACUUUUGCAAGCUCUGCGCUACAUGAGAAAGCAUCAGGUGGAGGGCCUUCCUCCGGGCAUAUUUCUUGACAUGGCAGCAGCUGGCGGAGAUCCGCGAAUGUUGGCAGCAGCUCUUCGGUUCUUCUUGGAGCUUGGGCCAAACUUCGAAGCAAGUUCGGACUUCGCUAUCUACUCCAAGCUUUUGCAUGAGCAAACUAAAAAGAUGGACCACCUAGGGCAGCACGUAUCAUUGAGCUUAGAAAGGGACAUUAUGGCUAUCGUCUCCUCUAGUGGAUCCUGGAAGGAAACCCGGAAUGAGAUGAUGAGAAAGUACAUGAAGGCGGAGAAAAUGGCGACAGAGGCUGAAUUGGCGGCAGUCCAAAGAAAAAACUAUGCUACUUACAAUGACUUUCUGAAGGCCUUCACUCUAGUGGCACUGCGAAUACCUGGGGUAACGGAUCGAAUAAUGAGUAAGUACUUCCUUAAGCAGUUCUCCGAGUUCGAAAAAAAUAAGAUUCUGUCAGCUUACCAGCAGACUAGCAAGUUCAAGUACAUUAGGGAUGUAGACUUCAGCACGGUAACAGACCUCGUAGAAAAGACAGUGGUGACCGAUACGCUAGCCCUGCUUAAGGAGGGAGAGGUUAUAGACCUGACCGAGAAGACGGGGGAUAAGGUCAAGAAGGGAAUAGAGAGCCUACAUGAAAGGGUGCACGGGGUCGACAGCAAGAUGGACAGAAUGGAAAAUGUGUUAUUAGUAAUGCAGGCACAGGUGUCUCGACCCGCCCUCCCGCCCCAAGAGGCCGUAGUUCCGGCAGCCGUAGCUAAUCAGGGAUUUGCCAGGAGGGAUCUGGCCAACGAACGAUGCAGGUACUGCACAAUGAUUGGACACUUCGUGAGGGCUUCCCCAAGGCUCAAUCACGAUAUUGAGCGGCAGAGGUGCAGCAGGUCCCUCAAAGGCGAGAUUCUCGGACCUCAGGGGGAGCAUGUAAAUUGGAACUCGCCAGGGGGAAUGCGGCAAGCCGUCAUCCUCUUGAAUAACUUAAAGAUAGCUGUCGUAGAAGCGGAGCCGGUAGCCGAGAUCAGAAGACCCGACCCGGCAAAAACUGAUAAGAUCUCUCAAUGGCCGAYGCCCCUGCGCACCACGACGAAAGUACGAGCCUUCCUAGGGGUGGUCGAGUUCUGGAGGAUCUUCAUCAAAGGGUUCGCAAAGAUAGCGGAGCCUAUCCGCGUGAUGAUUAGAGAAGGUGGCACUAUGGAAUGGACCGAGAAUAGAGAAGCGGCAGCCCAGACCCUUAAAGACAUCCUGUCUUCCCAUCAGGUCACCCUAACAGCACCCUGUUUCAAYGAUGAGGUAGGACGACCCUUCAUCUUAGAAACAGAUGGGGGACCGCUGACAGUCGGAGGGGUAUUGAUACAGAAAAGCGAGGAAGGCAAGGAAAGGCCAAUCAGAUUUGAAAGUAGAACCUUGAAUUCGGCAGAGCGGCGGUACUCACAGUUCAAGAAAGAGGUCUUAGCGAUCCUGCAUUGUCUUAAGACCUUCCAAGCGUACCUGUUUGGGAGGCGGUUUAUCCUGAGGAUCGACCCAACCAACGUCGCCGGAGCACUAAAGAACUAUAAGCCUAUAGACCCAACCGUCGGGAGAUGGAUAGGCUUCAUAUGGCAGUUCGACUACAAGUUCGAGCGGAUUGCGGGGCUCCGAAACAGGGCGGAUGGGCUGAGUAGGGUAUGUAUCACGCCGGAAGGGAUAGAGGACGCAGAGCCGAUUGACGCCUUCCUGGAAUACGAAGGAGGGACCCUUGCUGUGGAUAACGAGAUGGCAGACUCCAUAGCCACGACGGGUCAGUUGCUGAUCCAGACCUUGAAAAAGGGCGCGUCUGUGGUAGUUGCGGAACUCAAGGAAGGACCGGUGGGGGAUAGAGCAAGCUUUUUCAAAAAGUUGAUAAGAAACAUGCCAAAGGUGGAGAAAGUCGUGGUGGGGGGGGACCGGAAUCUAUCGCUGGAUGAGGCCCUGCGCCCGGGUUCAAGAUACGCAGACAGGCAGGAUGCGAGGGCCCUGUUGGAAACCACGGAAGAACUGGCCUUGUCAGACCCAUUAAGGAGGCUAUCACCGGAAGAAGCAGGGUACACAUGGACCUCGCACAUACAAAGUGGAAGACAGACGGUGACGAGACGCAGGCUGGAUUAUUUUUUGGUGGGGGACACAGUGCUGGAAGGGGUGUUGGCGGUGCAGCAGGUGGCCAAUCCGAUGUCGGACCAUAAACCGGUGAUAGCAAGCAUUAAACUGCAGGCGGGGGUGGAAAGAGGAAAGGGUUUUUUCAGACUCAACUCGCAGAACUUGGAGGACCCAGGGAUCACGGAAUGGAUUAAGCGGCAUUGGGCCAGUUGGGAACUGAUGCGUCAGCACUUCGAAACAACGGCGGAAUGGCUGGACAGUGGCAUUAACAUCGUAUCAAAAGUCUUUGACGUCAGUUCGAGAAUUCUGGCGAAGACCAGGAACAAGAAAGAAGUGGAAUGCAGACGGAGGGUCGAGGAGGCGGAAGAAAAGAUGGAGGGUCAUCCAAUCUCAGUCCUUAUAUGGGCAACAGAGAGAGAAAAGAGACUUGCAGAAUGGGACAAGAUCCAAGAAGAAAAGGAGAAGAGAUGGAAGGGAGUGCUGGAGGAGAAAGGAAUUAUGGUGCAUGACAAGAUGACGAAAGAGACAUUUCAGAAGCUGCAGCCGAGAAUAACACAGCUACAAAUGGUGGAACUAAAACAUCCGCUGGAUGUCUCAGCGCCGACAGCAUCUACAACAGUAGGGAUGUUGGAGUACGCAAAAGUCUACUAUGAAGACAUCUUAACGAUGCGGAGACCACAGGAUAACACAGACACCGACCUUACAAGAGUCUCGGACAUACCAAUGACAGUAGAAGAGACAAGGCAGACAUUGCGUAGCAUGGCGAAAGGGAAGUCGCCGGAUAUUGAUGGCCUCACAGUGGAGUUCUACAUCAAGAACUGGACGACGAUUGGCCCAGCACAGGUGGAGGUGUACAAUCAGGUGUUGGUGGGAGGCAAGCUAGGAGCAACAAUGACGCAUGGGGUUAUCACACUGCUAUUCAAAAAGGGAGACAAGGCGGAAGUUAAAAAUUGGAGGCCAAUCUCCCUUUUGAAUGUUUCGUACAAAGUGCUAGCGAAGACCCUGGCGAGGAGAAUGGCUCGAUACCUGCCGGAUCUAAUUGGAGGAGACCAGGGGGCUUUCGUACAAGGACGCUCCAUAUUCAACAACAUUAUCACUGCCAUCGAAGUCUUAGAAGUGGUACAAUCGGAAAACAGGGAUACAACGGUACUCCUUCUCGAUUUGGAGAAGGCACACGACAAGGUCGGUUGGACGUUUGUGCUCACAACAUUGAGACACAUCGGGUUUGGGGAUGGUUUCUGUAGUUGGAUGAUUGCAAUGUACACCUACUCUACUUCAUCAGUGGCAGUUAAUGGCCAUCUGUCAGCACCAUUCAAGCUCACUCGUUCUCUCAGACAGGGCUGUCCACUAGCGCCCCUUCUGUUUGUAUUACAGAUGGAAGUCCUAUUGAACAGGAUUAGAAGACACCCUGACAUAAGAGGCUUACAGCCGCAUGGCCACGCAGAAUGCACAGUAAAGGCGCUGGCAGAUGACCUUUUCGUAGUCUGCGAGGACUUAGUCUCGGCACUCACAACUCUGAAGGGAACUCUGGCGGAGUACUCCACACUCUCGGAAGCAUCAGUUAACUGGCAGAAGUCUACUUACCUUCUCCCUAAGGAGUACCACCUAAAGGUAGAAUGGGGUAUGAGGAGAGUGGAAGAAGGGGAGGAGGAGAGGUUCUUGGGAGUGUUAAUCAGCCUGCAGGUCCAGGGAUCUACACAGGGGGUAGUACUACAACAAAGAAUCGCCGCAUGGUUAAACAUGUGGAGUCGAACAUGGCAUCUGUCAAUCACAGGCAGGACACUGGUGGCAAAUAUGUCACUGUUAUCCAUCCUCUGGUUCGUGAGCCAAGUGAGGGAACUAGCCAGCGGAGUACUGGCAGUUGUGCGCAGGCUGGUGGCCAAAUUUUUGUGGAAACCAACAGCCAAGCAGUCAGAAGGGUUUCUGGUGAAAGUAGCGUGGGAAACACUGACCUUCCCGAAGGAGAAAGGGGGACUCGGACUGCUGGAUCCAGAGUGCAGAAACCAAGUGCAACUGCGGAUGUGGUUAAGUAAAGCAGCAGUGGCUGACACAAAAGAGCACUGGAUACUACUGGCGGAGAGGCUGUUGAUGGCAGAAUGGGAGAUGACCCGCCCGAAGGAUGUGUGGGCGUGCUUUUUCAUGGAAUCCUUUUGCAAAAAAAGGCUGAAAUCCGGUUUUUGGGAAGGAGUGCGAAAGGCAUGGAAAAAACAGACUCCGGAAACCCGAGAGAAGCCACGGACAAAAGAGGAAGUACUGGCACAGAUACUGUUCGACAAUCCGCACAUAACCCACCAAGAUGGGACCCCGCUUGCAGCAGAUGGGUCAACUGCUACGUUUGGUCUUGCAUGGGUUCGCAGAGGAGUAACAAGAGUAAGAGACUUAUGGUCCAUGGUGCUGGGAGGCUGGAAACCGCUGGCGGAGGUGAAACAGAAACUGAGUGGGCUCCACAGGGUAGAAGAGAACUGGAGACGGGUGAUUGGAGCCAUUCCGGUAGAAUGGCUGGAACUGCUAGGACCGGAAGGGGUGGAUCCGCCAGGUAUCCAGAGGCCCGUGUUGCAAGCUGUUUCGGCGCGGCUGUCUGUCGGUCGCUGCGGCCGUUUGCGCUCCGCGCCAUCGCCAUCUGUCUGUCCCGGGUCUCCUCCACCUCCGGUUCUCUUUUCUCAAUCGGCAGCUUCGUGCCCACCUCCUGAAGGGCGAGGUGAAGCAGAGGAGGGGAAGUGGAAAGCCAUGGCGAUCGCGGCAUGCAAGGCGGCGGCCGCGCUGCGCGGAGGGUUUGUCUCCCUCCAGUCAAAUAAGCAGCCAUCGUGCGACAGACAGGAAGAUCCCAUCGUCCUGGCUAACCCCAGGGCAAGGGGGUCCUCGAGAGGGCAGUGGGCAGGACUUCAUGCCAUCGGCGGCGUCGGCGAGCUACGAGGAAAUCGCCAGCGUGCUACGCGGGAUGGCGAGAGGGGGAGGAGUCGUCAUGCAGGGGCCGCGCGUUGCGCGCAGACGGCAGAGACUCUCGCCUCUGGCGACGGGGAAGCGGCAACCACCGUGUCCGAUCGCGUUGUCUUGCCGACGGACAACUGGUCGCCCGACAGUUGGAAGGACAAGGAGGCUGCCCAGCAGCCCGAGUAUCCCGAUCAAGAACAGCUCGAUGAGGCACUGUGGGCACUCGAAACUCUCCCACCACUGGUGUUCGCGGGAGAGGCAAGGAGUUUGGAAGAGAAGCUGGCACAGGCGGCAUUGGGAAAAGCAUUCCUCUUGCAGGGAGGUGAUUGCGCUGAGAGUUUCCGUGAAUUCCGCGCAGACAAUAUACGGGACACGUUUCGCGUCUUGCUUCAGAUGAGCGUCGUGCUUAUGUUCGGCGGCAGCAUGCCGGUUAUCAAGGUGGGGCGCAUGGCAGGGCAAUUUGCAAAGCCUCGCACCAUGCCUUAUGAGAAUGUUAAUGGCAAGCAGAUUCCUAUCUACAGGGGUGACAACAUCAAUUCUGACGUCGUUGACGAGAAAGCUCGGAUUCCUGAUCCAAACAGGAUGAUUCAAUCCUACAACCAGUCUGCCGCAACACUCAAUCUUUUGAGGGCGUUUGCUCUUGGAGGUUAUGCCGCUAUGGAGCGUGUGUCGAUGUGGAAUCUGGACUUCAUGACUCAGAAUGAGCAAGGAGAUAGGUACCGUGAGUUAGCAGAGCAUGUGGAUGAGGCGCUUGCUUUUAUGGCUGCAUGCGGGAUAGAUGCGGACCACCCUGUCAUGAAAACAACAGAAUUCUACACAUCACAUGAGGCCCUCUUGCUCCCGUACGAGCAAUCACUGACACGUUUAGACAGCACAACAGGAAGGUGGUAUGACUGCUCUGCUCACAUGGUAUGGGUUGGUGAACGCACCCGUCAGCUGGACGGUGCACAUAUUGAAUUCCUUAGAGGUGUCAGCAACCCUCUUGGUGUGAAGGUGAGUGACAAAAUGGAUCCACAAGAACUGGUGCAGCUUUGCAAGAUUCUGAAUCCGACAAAUAAGCCAGGCCGGCUGACUGUGAUUAUUCGCAUGGGUGCAGAGAAGUUGCGCGACAAGUUUCCUGCACUAAUCCGGACUCUGAGGAAAGAGGGGAUAAUUGUUGCAUGGGUUUGUGACCCCAUGCACGGUAACACUAUCAAGGCUCCCAAUGGACUGAAGACACGACCAUUUGAUGCGAUACGUGCAGAGUUACGCGCAUUUUUUGAUGUCCAUGAACAGGAGGGGAGUCAUCCUGGAGGUGUUCAUCUGGAGAUGACAGGUCAGAAUGUGACUGAGUGCAUCGGCGGAUCAAAGGAGGUCACAGUGAACGACCUAAACUCCCGCUACCACACACAUUGUGAUCCUCGGUUGAAUGCUUCGCAGUCAUUGGAGCUUGCCUUCUUGAUUGCUGAGCGCCUCAGAAAGAGAAGAGGUGGAAACAGAGGAAAGGUUUCUCAUUGACAAGGGACCCAAAAUGGGUGCUGGCCGGUGCUGCCGGUGGUCACAAAGACUCACAACCAUCGGACCCUUUUCUUCAUGUUCCUGCAUGUCCUUGUCUGGAAACCCUGACAGGAGCCAGUAGACUGGGGAAGGGGCCAGAGGCCUGCGACAGGCAGAGACAGAAGGAACCCCCCGGCGAACCGGAUAAUGGGGAUGCCAGCUCACUUUUGAACGGUGCCAGUGAGGUGUUGGCAACUGGUGAUUAUGGCAAACUCUGGGAGAGCCAUUCAUUAACUGGCCGGUUAAGUAUGUCUCUGAAUUGUUGAUUAUCUUCUCUCCCACCUUGACACAUUAUGGGCCCACAUUUGCUGUCCUGCUUUUUUGUUUGCUUCCUGGUCCUUACGCACAUUUUUGCUGCGGCCUCGUCAUUUGUCGAAACCACUCUGCUCCAACCGAUGUGAGACCAUGAGAUUGUGUUCUUGUACAAGUUGGAGCAAUAAGCUAGUGUCUACAGUAUCUACCAGUGUUCCCCUCCUUUCCCCAACCUCCCUCCUCCCCAUAUUUUUCUGAAGUUGCAAUGUGUGCAGAACGUGGAGGAAGAUGCUGUUGGGAUGCUGUGUGUAUCCACAUCACUGUGCAUAUAUGAAGGUGAGUCUUGCAGCCUGAAGGACCUGUGUGCCUGCAUCUGCUGCUCCCAUGUUCUGAGGAGGGGGGCAGUGGCAGAGGACAGCAAAUCAGGUUCGGUUUUGGCCCUGGUAGAAGUAGAAACUUCGAGUAUGACCCAGCCACAACUAUGUUGUUCCUCGAUGACAUUGUUUGAUGGUUCACCCAUCGGGUCUUGUGCGACAUUAUGCUCUGACAAAGUUGUUUGAAGCACCUUGAAUAAAGAAAGUGUUCCUCGACGACAUUGUUUGACGGUCUGCCCAUGGGGUCUUGUGUGAAAUUCCGCUCUGAUGACGUUGUUUGAAGCAUCAUUGAUAAAGAAAGAUUAUGAUUGAGUGGCCUAAUACCGAGUCUGUGAGAUAGGGAUGACGAACAACAGAAUGUGAGAUGUUGCAACAGGAAAAACGCACCGUAUUUAUCGCAUGUGCAUAUUAAACAAACAUAUUGGUCAUCGCAACAUCAAUGAGUUCAUCCAACAUGAGAGAUCCUAAAGGGGGAUCGACAUCCAAACACAGAGGGGUACAAGAGAACCACUGUCAAGAUGGCAGCAUGUUGCCAAUUGAGCUUUUGGGAGCGUGGAGGUGGGAUUUACUCCCCGUUGUAACGUGAUGAGGCGGGGUUAUCUCUAAAUGGACAGUGGGAAUGAGCAAAAUAGUAAAAUACACUCAAGGUUUUAAGAUCGGGCGACGAUCUGGGCCAUCCGUCCCCUGCCACUGGGCCAAGGGCGCAUAUUAGAAAUCUGUGUGCCAAACAACUUUCGGCAGUGAGGCCCUGAAGACAGCUUCCACCAGCCAUAGGAAAACAGGUGCUAGGCGACCCAGUCCCCUAUUUGGUACAGCCAACCGAGGCAUGAACUUGGCCACUAGCAAAGCACAGCCUGCGCUGCCGUUCGACCCUUUGGCAGCACAGCGGCAACACACGCAAGAGACCACACACACUCACACCGACACACACACGGACACACACACUCACAGGGACGCACACACUCACAGGGACGCACACACUCACAGGGACGCACACACUCACAGGGACACUCGCAUGGAUGCAUGCAUGCACGCACUCAGAUGGACACAUGCACUCAUGCACACAUGCAAAUGCAAGCACAUGCAUGGACGCACGCACGCUCAUGCACACACACAGAGGCAUGUUGUCGCCUGCCCAUAAAGAGGGAGUAAUGACUGCGGAAACCCAAGAAGCUUCCUCAAUGCCGCUCUGCGAUGGCAAGCCUGAGAUUCAGCUAGCAUCU